UGGGGAACUCACCUUCAUUUAAGACCACAUACGAAUUCGGCUCAUUUCCAACCACACACUUCCAACUCCCAGCCCCUUUUUCUCAACAUAAUAUCUUCCAAUUGUCCUGUCCAACAUGGCGCUCGUAUUUGGCGUGGAGAAGAAGACGGUGCCCACCUACAUGAAGUACGUGAUGGGCGGAACCUCGGGGAUGCUGGCCACCUGCAUUGUCCAGCCAAUGGAUCUUCUCAAGACCCGAAUGCAGAUCUCUGGUACUUUGGGGAUUCGCGAGUACAAGAGUUCGUACGAGGUUCUAUCGAAGGUGCUCAAGAACGAGGGUGUGCUAUCCCUGUACAAUGGACUGAGUGCCGGGCUGAUGAGACAGGCCACCUACACAACGGCCCGGAUGGGUGUUUACCAGAUGGAGUUGGACUGGUAUCGCAAGAACUACGAGAAUGAUCCUUCUGUGGUGGCCACCAUGACCAUGGGCAUUGCCGCCGGCGCAUUUGGAGCCUUCUUCGGGAAUCCAGCUGAUGUGGCCUUGAUCCGGAUGAUGUCCGAUAACCGUUUGAUGCCCGAGGACAGACGUAACUACAAGAAUGUGGGCGACGCCUUCGUGAAGAUUGUGAAGGAUGAGGGCGUGAUGGCCCUCUGGAGAGGAUGUCUGCCCACUGUGGGUCGAGCCAUGGUUAUUAAUAUGGUACAGCUGGGAUCCUACUCCCUGAUGAAGGACCAAUUCCGUGGGUAUCUCAAUGAGGGGAUACCUCUUCACCUGAGCGCCGCCAUGAUGUCCGGAUUGCUGACCACCUUGGCCUCAAUGCCGUUGGACUUGGCCAAAACACGCAUCCAGCAGAUGCGAGUGAUCGAGGGCAAGCCGGAGUACAGUGGCACCAUCGAUGUUUUUAAGAAGGUGCUAAAGAACGAGGGUGCCUUUGCCAUGUGGAAGGGAUUCACACCGUACCUAAUUCGCAUGGGUCCACACACGAUCUUUUCAUUCGUCUUCCUGGAGCAAAUGAAUAAGGCGUACAAAAAGCAUGUGCUCGGUGACUCACCAUCCGAUUCGGCAUCUUAGCUAGCGACUAUAGUACAUCUUUUUCAUCCCCAAAGAAAUUGAUUCGAUAUAUCUGUGUAAAACGCGUAUGUUCUGUAAACUAGUUAUUCCUAUCUUAUAUACGAAAAAAAGUGGGUUUUCAGAUGUCUAAUAAAAUAUUGG